AUGUCCGAGAGAAUUUUCAUUGGAAAUGAUGAGGAUAGAAACCUCAAACGCAAAAUGGUAGAGGUGCCAAAAUUAGAGUCGAAAUCAAAGAAGGAGUCAAAGAUAAUGCCACCAACCUCUGAAUCUCAUGUUGAGGAUUUUCUGACCCUAAGACUUGGCACUCACACCAAGUCCACUUCCAAACCCUUGGAGAAUGGUGGACAUUCAAGUUCAUUUCAAAACACUCUUGAUGAACCUUUACCUGAGCAGAAAGUGGUAGAGUUCUCUUGUAAUUAUUGUGACAAGAAAUUCUCCACUUCUCAAGCUCUUGGAGGUCACCAAAAUGCUCAUAAGCGUGAACGUGUCUUGAAAAAAAUGGAAGAUAGAAGGAGAGAGGAAGAGAUGGAUUUAACCCUAAGGUUUUCAAGCUUUAUUCACUAUCAAGGCCAUUCAUAUUUCCGUAGUGCUAACUUGCACAACCCAAUUGGCGUCCAUGUGACGAAUGCCUUUCCUUCUUGGAUCGGUUCACCUUAUGGUGGCUAUGGAGGGGUGUAUAUGCCAAAUACACCCCUUGCAACCCGGUAUGUGAUGCAAAUGCCAAAUUCACCCCAAGCAACACCACAAUUUGGGAUGACUAAUUUUUGGGGUGGAGGUCUAAAUGCUUCAUUACCAAUUCCACAAAGGUCAAAUACUUUGGGUUUGGGACUUUUUCCUCAAAGAAAUUUCAUUGAUCAACUUCAUUCUCAUACUCUUCCAUUAUCGUCUCGUGAUCCUAAUAGAGAAGGCUUAAUUCAGGCAAAUCCCAAUAUGUCCUCAUCAUCAACUCAAUCAACCUAG